CCCUAUACCUAUUGUAAUUUGUAGGUUUAUCAUCCUCUGCUGUCCCAUCAAAGCUCGACGUGAACCAACUCGGCGGGGAUUCUUCCGACGAAAGAAUAUUUCACGCUUGCUUCGUGAAACUGCUGAUUGAUUGCUCAACACCUUUACUCUUACUCUCCCAUGUCUCCUCAAAUCUAAACAUCAAUAAAUUCCAUUCACAAAUCAACUUAUUGAGUUAAUACCCAUCUCAGUAUCUCACCUCCGUAACCCUUCCACUCUCUCUCCUCUCCUCCUUUUCCACUUCUUCCAUCUUCAGUUUUUGAAACAAUAGGAUCAGCCAUGUGUCAAAGAAAGAACUAUAGCUCGUUAUACAUUUUGGUGGGUUUGACAAGAUUGUUUAGUUUAAUCCUCAAUUUUAUGAUUACUAAAGAGGGUCAAUAACAUGAGAAAACCUCGAAACGAUGCAACGCUAUUAUGUACAAUUAGAAAGAAUUCUACACUGUCCAUUUCGUUUGGGAAUCCAUUGGAGGAGACCCAUGUGUUAUCAUACGCCGAACUAUUAUGGUGCUCAGUGUCCUGACCUUCGUGUUUGGAACAAGCACAUAACUCAGCUGAUCCGAAAUGGUCGGUUUAGUGAAGCAAGAUCACUGUUUGAUAGGAUGUCUGUAAGGAACACCAUAACAUGGAAUUCGAUGAUGAGUGGAUAUGUUAAGGAUGGAGAGAUUUGGAAAGCUCGUAGGUUGUUUGAUGAAAUGCCAGAUAAUGUUAGAGAUGUGGUCUCGUGGAACUUGAUGAUAUCAGGUUAUGUUUCUCGGCGUGGGGCUGGGAUGAGAUAUGUUGAGGAAGGUAAGCGUUUGUUUGAUCAGAUGCCUAAGAGAGAUUUAGUUUCUUGGAACACUAUGAUUAGUGGUUAUGCUCGAGUUGGGAGAAUGGAUGAUGCUCUAUGCCUUUUUAAAACGAUGAGUGCAAGGGAUGUUAUUACUUGGAAUGCAAUGGUGACCGGCUUUCUACAGAAUGGUGAUGCUGAUAGAGCUAUUGAGUGGUUUAGGAAAAUGCCCAAAAGGGAUGCCUCUUCUUUAAGUGCACUUAUAUCAGGGUUAAUUCGGAUUGAUGAGUGGGAUAAGGCAAAGGAAAUCUUGCUUGAAUGUGGAAAAGAAGUUGAAAAUGAGAAGCAAGAUCUUGUCCAAGCUUAUAAUACUUUGAUUGCAGGAUAUGGGCAAAAGGGAAGAGUUGAUGAAGCUCGAAGUCUUUUUGAUCAAAUGUCAUAUUGCCCAUAUGGAAGUGUCAGAGGAAAAAUUGGAGUUGAGAGGAAUGUAGUGUCAUGGAAUGCUAUGAUUAUGUCUUAUAUUAAAGUGGGUGAUGUCAUAUCUGCCAGAGAACUUUUUAAUCAAAUGGUAGAUCGAGAUACAUUUUCUUGGAAUACAAUGAUUAGUGGUUAUGUUCAAACUUCGGAUAUGGAGCAAGCAGCACAACUCUUUUCACAAAUGCCAAACCCUGAUAUAAUGUCAUGGAAUAUGAUGGUGUCCGGAUAUGCUCAAAGUGGGAACUUGGAUUCUGCUCUUGAUUUCUUCAACAGGACACCACAGAGAAAUCUGGUCUCAUGGAACUCUGUAAUUGCGGGAUGUGAUAAGAAUGGAGACUAUGAAGGAGCAAUCAAGUUGUUCAUACAAAUGCAGAUUGAGGAGGUGAAGCCGGAUAGGCACACACUAUCAUCAAUUCUUAGUGUCUGUACUGGAGUUUCAGCCCUGCAUUUGGGUAGGCAAAUUCAUCAAUUGAUUACUAAAACACUUAUUGCAGAUAUACCUAUCAAUAAUUCACUGGUUACAAUGUACUCAAUGUGUGGAGCAAUAACUGAGGCAAGAUUCAUGUUUGAUGAGAUGGGGCUGCAGAAGGAUGUAAUCUCUUGGAAUGCAAUUAUAGGUGGAUAUGCAUCUCAUGGAUAUGCAGCAAAAGCUUUAGAGAUUUUUGAAGAAAUGAAAAGGAUCAAAGUGCAGCCCACAGUUAUCACAUUUGUUUCAGUCCUGAACGCUUGUGCCCAUGCUGGCUUACUGAAAGAGGCUCGCAAUUAUUUUAAAUCCAUGCUUCCGGAUUUUGGGAUUCAACCCGGGAGCGAACAUUAUGCUGUACUGGUAGACAUUGUGGGUCGUCAUGGCCACCUUCAAGAAGCCUUGGAUUUAGUCUAUAACAUGCCUCACAAGCCUAAUAAAGCCAUAUGGGGUGCUCUGCUUGGAGCUUGCAGGAUACAUAACAAUGUAGAGCUGGCUCAAGUUGCUUCAGAAGCUUUAUCAAAGCUUGAACCAGAAAGCUCAGCACCCUAUGUACUGCUCCACAACAUGUUUGUCGACGUGGAGCAAUGGGAGGACGCGAAAAACAUCAGAAAUGCGAUGAAUAUAAACAAUAUUAGAAAGGGACGAGGAUCUAGUUGGUUAGAGCGUGUAACAUCUGAAGAAUGUUGCUACUAACUGUGGAGAAUCUAGGAACUGAAUUUCGAUUUUAUAUGCAGUACCGGUUUUGAGUUGUUGCUGUAAAGUGUAAGUAAUGCAGGUCGUCAAGAUGGUGAUGGCUUUAUUUCAGGAGGCAUAAUGUUAUAGACCAUUUUAUGUGAUAUAGGUGUCAAAGAGUUUUAGAAUUUCUCACUUAUGGUGCAAAAUGAUUGCAGCUUAAUAGAUAGUCCUUGUCACCUUGUAUGUGAAACAAUGGGAAAAAUGAUUCUUCUCUCACGUAGUUUCUCUUGCUCCUUCUUUGAAACAAUUAAAACCAUGGUUUUUUUUUGUUACAUAUUCUUAACUGUAGAACAUCAAGUUUUAAUCUUUUCAGUUUCCCUGUAAACAUCAUGGAUAACAAUUCUAAAUUGAGUUCUAUUUUAGAGGAUGUAGAUAAAACAAGAAGUAUAACUUAAACAUUUUGGACAACCCAAAUCAUGUAGUAAAUACCAAAAUAAAGACCAUGUGUUCUAACAAA